UCGUGGGGGUUGCAGAAUUGCGACGCUGGGGUAGCGCUAACCCGUAAAGACCCUGAACUAUUGAAGUGCAAAACCGGGAUUUCCGGGUGCAUUGACGGGGCCACGCGCAUCGUAGCGUCCCGGCGCCGCCCGUUAAGGGCAUGGAACCAUGGAUUGGGGUGCGCCCGCUGUGGUGGAAGGGAAUCGUCGGCGCACACCAGAGCGAAGACAGAAUAGGAAGGCCUCUUCUAAUUGGUGUUUGGUCGGCAAACUUCCAAUCGACUUCUCAAGGUUCUCAAUCCUUCGCGCUCGCUGGCCCUCACGAUCGUGGUUCCUUUUUCUUCCCGCGCAUCGCCACCGGAAAGACCCUUCCCCGGAUUUUGCAGCCUUCAAUGACCGUGCAGUGCUGAUCGCGCCCGGCAACUCCGCGACACCAUGUGGUCCUCUGCGCGCUCAGUAUUCCUCAUGGCCCUGGUGGCAGCGACAGCCACGGCCGAACUGAGCUUCGUAGCAAGCCUGCAACAAAAAGGCCGGGAGGUGGACGCGUCGGUCCUCAGCUUCGUGCCGACGACGCCGCUGACGCACCGCAAGCACACGCCUCACGCCCAAGCGACCCCUUCCCGGCACGGGCGCGGCGCAUCAGUGCGGGACACCAUCAGCUACAGCUCGAACUGGUGCGGCGCGUCGCAGCAUGUGUCGCAGGCCGACGGUAUCGGCAGCGUCUUCGGGUACUUCACGGCUCCGGACGGGACGCUGCGGCCGGGCGUGCCGCCGCCGCAGUUCGUCAGCGCCUGGGUGGGCAUCGACGGCGCCGAGUGCAACACGGCGCUGCUGCAGGCCGGCGUGACGACGAUUGUCAACUCGAACGGUGGCCAGAGCAUUUCGGCGUGGUGGGAGUGGUACCCGGACAACUCCUAUACUAUCGACGGGCUCAAGGUCGAGCCUGGGGACUGGAUGUGGAUCAACAUCACGACGACGAGCGAGUCGAGCGCCAUCUUAGAGGUCACCAACCCGCAACAGGAGUACACGAUGACGCUGGACAUCAGCAACGGGCCGAAGCUAUGCCGCGUGGAUGCCGAGUGGAUCGUGGAGGACUUCUACGACGCAAACGGGCAGGUCGCGUUUGCCAACUUCUCCGACCUGUGGUUCGUCCAGUCCGGGGCCCAGUCGAUCGGCGGCAGGAGCAUCGGCCUGGACGGUGCCGCCAUGGUGCAUAUCCAGGCGGACGACGGGACCAUCCUCUGCUCGGCCGAGCCGUACGACAAUGCCAGCUUUGUCAUUUCAUCUCACAGCUAGGGAGCCGUGGAGGAUCAGGAGGGAAGCGGGAAACCUGCGGGGGUAGGCCGGGAGGGAGACGAGUCAGACGACGGCGGUGGAAGGAGUUUUGGG